AGACUAGCCUUCCUAAGAGCUUUUUUGCCGCAUCACUGAUUUAACUCACCUCAGGCAACCAGUGAGCCCAACAAUUGAGCAGCCCCAAUGAUUCGACUUUCAAACGAUUUGAUGACAUUCGCAUCAGUACCCAAACAUCUCUCCUCGGCUCCGUGAACGCGCAGAUGAAAACGUAAUGUCGGGACUCGGUGAUGCCAAUUGACGAUUCGCAGUGGUUCCACUCUGCUGCUGCGUACAUUCAGCCUCCAGGAUAUCUCUUCUCAACAGUCACCCUUAGCUUGCACUGACCCCAACUACAACAUCUUUAUCAUGGUCGCUUCAUACCAUCGAAGUUCUGUCAAUUACCCUCCCCUCGACGGAUCUCUGUUGCUCCCUGAAUUGGUGGAAUUCAAUGCGCAACAUAACUCGGAUGUCACUUUCUUUGUCUAUGAGAAAUCUGACAGCAAUGACCUGGUCUCUAUCUCACACUCAGACUUCCAUCAAGCUUGUCAUCGGGCAGCCCAGGAAAUUAGGCCAGGUCGCACAGGCGCAGACAAUGAAGUGGUCGCCCUUAUUGGGAACUCUGAUACCCUUCUUUACCAGACGGUAUUCAUGGGAAUCAUCUUCGCUGGGCUGGUCCCAUUCCCCAUGUCCCCUCGUAAUUCGGCUGCGGCAAUCAUAAGCAUGAUGCACAAAACAAAGUGCUGCCGUUUAAUCGUGACCUGGCACUCUCUUGCUUCCCUGAUCGAUGACAUCAAAGCGAAUUUCGUGUCUCAUGUUACGCAAACGAGCCAGUUGCAGAUUGACGAGAUUCCGGCGCUGAAACACCUGUACCCCGCACUCGUUAGUGGUACUCAAGACGAGGCCUUUGUCCCGUACCCUUCCCCAGCUCCGCCGUCAUAUAAGAACGAUGUAUUGUUCUACCUGCAUUCUUCUGGCAGCACUGGCUUCCCAAAACCCAUUCCAAUCAGCAACCUGACUGCCAUUCACUGGUGCAUAACCCCGUGUAUUCUCGACCACACUGACGUUCCUACUCCAAUGCGCAUCGGUACUGCAUCCUUGCCAUCAUUCCACACCCUUGGUAUAUAUCUUCAGCUGCUCACCCCCAUCGUCACCCUGAGCAGUGUGUCUAUCUACCCACCUACAUCCUUCCUCGAUCCCUCGGCGACCCCUGUAGUACCUAACCCGCAAAAUAUCCUGGACUCUGUACUCAAGACGAAAUCGAACGCUCUGGUAGUCGUGCCUGCCUUUCUGGCGCAAUGGGCGAUUGUGCCGAAUGCCGUCGAUAUUCUAAAGACGCUCGAAUACGUCGUCUAUGCUGGCGGUCCGCUCGCGCCCAAGAUGGGAAAUACCCUGGUGGAUGCGGGCGUUAAGCUGUCUUGUGCUUAUGGCGCCACAGAAUUCGGCAUAAACACUUAUUUCAUCCGAAACGCGGACGAGCAAAAGCUUUGGGAAUGGGUGCGAUUUGGUCCAAAGUCCAAGAUCAGAUGGGCUCCUCAGGACGACGGUACAUAUGAAUGUCAGGUUUUGACAACCCCGACACAUCAAGUGUCAGUAGAGAAUCUUCCUGACGUCAAGGGUUAUGCAACUUCAGAUGUAUUUAUCAAGCACCCGACGGUAGAGGGUCUGUGGAAGAUCGUAGGAAGGAUCGACGAUGUUUUGGUACUCUCGUCUGGGGAGAAGACGGUACCAGCUCCCAUGGAAAGCGUCAUCGGCGCCAACCCGUAUGUGAACGGCACCGUCAUCUUCGGCCGUGGACGCAAUCAGGUUGGGAUCCUCAUAGAGCCACGAGCGGGGUGUGAAAUCGACGUUGACGACGAAAAACACCUUGCUGAGUUCAGGAACCGAGUGUGGCCGGACAUAGAGGAAGCGAAUAACGAGGCUCCUGCCUUCAGCAGGAUCUUCAAAGAGAUGAUUCUUGUGACACGCAGUGAGAAGCCCAUGCUUCGAGCUGGAAAGGGGACCGUCACAAAGAAAGCAACCGUCAAGCUGUACGAGAAGGAUAUCAAUGCCCUGUACGAGAAGGUGGAGGGCAGCGCCAGAGCGGGCAUCGAUGUGCCUUUGCCUGCAAACUGGACUGCGGAAGACGUCGAGGACUGGCUUACAGUCCACGCUGUUGCUGUGAACGCCGACAAGGCGGUUGAUCUUGAUACAGACCUUUUUGCUCAGGGCUUUGACAGUCUCUCUGCGACAUUUCUCAGAAAUCGCAUUAUCGGCUCCUUCAGCUUGUCUUCAGAUCGCGACGUUCAGGCAUCGGCAUCGCGGAUCGACCAGAACAUCAUAUUUUCAAGUCCUUCCAUUCGCCAGCUCGCUAAAAGCGUCAUCAGUGCAGUAUUGCAGCAGAACGGUCCGGGCAUCGUCGACGCCAAAGCUGACAUCGAGAAUAUGAUCGCAAAGUAUUCGGUCGGAUCAGGGGACUCUGCCACAGAGGUCAUCGCCACUCCGGUUGAUGGGCGCAGUCAAAGCGAUCAUGUGGUCAUCCUGACUGGGUCCACGGGUGGUCUUGGCUCAUACCUGCUUGCAUAUCUACUUCAGCGCGAGGACGUGUCGGUGGUAUACGCCCUCAAUCGCUCGUCAAAUGAGGCAUCCAUUCAACAACGACAGGAGAAUUCGUUCAAAGAUCGCGGUUUAGAUGUCACCCUGCUCAAAUCAGACAGACUAGUGUACGCAGAAAUCGAUAUAUCUGAUGAUCGCCUAGGUCUGGAUAAGGAGUUAUAUCACAAGAUCUGCACGUCUGUCACCAUCAUCAUUCACAACGCUUGGCGACUCGAUUUUAAUCUGGCGCUCUCGUCAUUCGAGCCUCAUGUGCGGGGAACACGGAAUCUUAUAGACUUGGCACUGUCUUCUCCACGUCAUCCAAAGCCGCGUUUUAUGUUCACCUCUUCUAUCUCAUCUGCUCAAAGUUGGGAUAGAGCGAAAGGUCCAUUCCCAGAAGAAGUACAAUACGAUGCAGGGGUUGCAGCUGGUCCUGGCUAUGGCGCGAGCAAAUACAUUUCAGAAAGGGUCAUCGUCAACAGCAAGUUGCCGGCAUCGUCAUUCAGAAUUGGCCAAAUAUCAGGAGGACCCCCGCGAGGAGCUUGGUCGACGACAGACUGGCUACCGAUCAUCGUGAAGUCGAGCGUAAGUCUGGGUGCGCUUCCAGAAGCCACAGGACUUCUGUCUUGGAUCCCUCCCCAUGCUGUAUCCAAUACUAUUCUUGAUGUAGCUUUUGCGGAAGAAGAACCUCCCAUCGCGGUCAAUGUGGUGCAUCCGAGACCGACAGCGUGGAGGACGUUGAUACAGCCCGUCGCCGACGCCCUUGUUGAGCGUAAAGUAGUUAGUAACCCGUUGCUUCUUGUGUCGUUCUCAGCGUGGCUCGAAAUGCUCGAAUUGAGUGCCAAGGACAUGAGCGAAGAGAACAUCAAGCGCAUCCCUGCUAUCAAACUUUUGGAUUUCAUGCGUUUCAUGGCUCAAUCAGACAUCGUGAUCAGGGCGUCCGGGGAGAUGCGUUCUGAAGCGGGUGGCUUUACCCCAUUUUCCACUGCUAUAGCCGAACGUGUCAGUCCGACGAUGCAGGAGCUGGAGCCGCUGUCGUCGGCAGACGCGGCACAGUGGGUGGAUUAUUGGGCGGCAAUGGGGAUGUUUCAAUGAAAGAGUAAGCUGCGGUCAUCUAUCGUCCCCUGUGUUCGCGUAUGGGCGAUCAGAACCUUGGAGAUUGUGCUUGUAUUUAAAAGUUAUCACUUUUU